AUGGCAACUCUAAAAGAUCUCUCCACGAUGUUGUUGAUCGAAAUUCUAUCGAGACUUCCGUCAGAGUCACUAUUUCAAUUAAAAUCGGUGUGCAAAUUUUGGUACGCUCUAAUCAACGAUCCUAUAAAUUUUUCGUUUCAAGAUAAAUGUAUUCUUAUGGAGCGAAAGGUGAUGGUCAAUUCUGAAAACUUUACGUAUAUACCCUCCAUCCUCAAGUUUUCCCUCACCCCUGGUCGAUCUAUGUCCAUUUGCGAUCUCCAUAGUCCAUUCAGAGAUUGUGCGUGUUUUAAUAUUUGUGGGUAUUCACAUGGCUUGUUUUGUCUUUCCAACGAUAGGGUUAUUUUCCUCUUUAAUAUGAUGACCGAAAAGUUUCAUAAGCUCCCGUUAUCAAUUCUUCAUUUUGGGGAUGUCUAUGACAUUGAUUAUUCAGCCACAAAUGCGGUUGGAUUCGGAUACGAUUCCAAGUCUAGAGAUUUCAAAGUGGUUAGGGUUGUAGAAUUUGGGAACAAAUACGGAGAAACUGAUUUCACAUAUAGAGUGGAAAUUGAUUUGAGGAAAGAAAGAUGGAGGGAAAUUGAAUCUCCUAUUUGUGGGGUUGUAUCGGGGUCAUUUCCUUAUGAGAUGCAUCAUGAAGGAACAUAUUAUUGGUGGGCAUUCAAAGAAGGAGGAACUAAUAUUAUACACACGUUCGACAUGAGCGAAGAAAUUUUUGGCGAAAUUUCAGUACCGAACAAUGUAGCCGAGGAGGAUGAGAAGUAUAUAAGUAUGGGGAUUUUGAAUGGAUCAAUUGUUAUAUUUCACUAUCCGGUAACAGGGAAUGGAAAAACCUUUGACAUUUGGAAGAUGGAGAAAGAUGUCGUUUCAUGGUCAAAACUAUUGAUAAUUGGUCCUAUUUUUGGAGUCCAGAAGCCAUUGUUGUUUGUGAAUUCGGAUGAACUUUUAAUGGAUGCUAACGAAGGACAAGUGAUUUGUUACAAUAUUAAAACUCAUAUGACCAAUGUUCUUCCGAUAAAAGGGCUUCCAUCCGUGUAUGGUACUUGUUAUUUUGACUUCGAUUUACAAGAUGAAAGAGAAUCACAUAUGAAUUUUCAAGUUUAG